AUGUUCCUGAUGCCAUCUUCUUCGGAACUGAACAGUGGGCAGAACUUCUUAACCCAGUGGAUAACCAAUCCUUCUCGGGCUGGGGUCAUAUUAAAUCGUGAAUUUCCUGUUUUGGAAGCAGAUGGAGACAGUCAAGCAGCUGUGGUCCUUUCUUCCAGUUUUCCUAUUAAAGCCACGCAGUUUUCAAAUAGCUUCAGCUUUAUAAGUGAAGAAGAUUCACUCCAUGAAGAACAGAAGUUGGAGUCUAACUUCUCUUACAAACUCCAGUCAGAUCAAUCUAAAACACAUGCAGUUUCUCCUGUAACUAAACAGGAACCACAAAUAGUGGCACAUCAGGAUGUUCCUGUACACUGGGAAGAUAAAACACAUGACUUUAUCCCAGAUCAUGCAAAUGAAUUCAAGAAAACGGCUUACAAAGACCCACUUUUUAAAAAACUUGAACAGUUGAAAGAAGUACAGCAGAAGAAGCAGGAACAACUGAAGAGGCAACAAUUAGAGCAGCUCCAAAGACUCAUGGAAGAACAAGAGAAGCUCCUCACUCUGGUGUCUGGACAACACACAUUCCCAGCUUCGCCUCUGCUGCCUGACGGUCAGAACCAGAAGAGCAGAUCUCUGUGGGAUCCUGCUGCCGUAGCCAAAGCCACACAUUUCUCACCGCCGUCUGUCCACCAGAAGCCAUCUCAAGAAAAAACACACACUUCCAACAUUUUAUCGGAUGAGCCAAACAACUUCUGUAGAACUAGUCAUCAAGAUUUUGCCUCAACUUCAAAAAGGGGUGCUCUUCCCACUUUGUUUUAUGAGGCGCAGUCUCAAGAAGCACUUGUGAAAGAAAAUGAUUUGAAGGAAGAAAACCACCACCGUCGUACUGGAGAAGGUAUUUCAUCACAUUGGGAGAAAAUGAAGGAACAGAUUCAGGGAGGGAACAAUACGCACUUCAAACAACUUGAUUCCUCUCAAGUGGUUAAUAUUGAAGAAAGGCCUAUUAAAGCUGCUAUUAGAGAAAGGAAACAGACAUUUGAAGAUUUCUUGGAAGAACAAAUUCGGUUGGAAGAGCAGGAAUUGAAACAAAAACAAAGGGAAACAGAAGGAUCAUUGUUAAUCAAAGCAAAACCAAAACACCCAUUCUUAAAAAGAGGAGAAGGUUUAGCUAGAUUUACUAAUGCUAAAUCUCAGUUUCAGAAAGGGAAAGAAAGUAAACUAGUCACAAACCUGAGCACUGCAGAGGACCAACCUCAGUUUAAAGUAGAUAGACCACAAUUCCAGCGGAAGAUUGCUCUUCUGAAUAAAGAACCAUGUACAGAGAACGCUACUGUUAAAAAGAACAGUAAAUCUAGAACCAAGAGUGGUUCUGUCCCACUCAGUCAGAAACCAAAACUACCUAAGAGCAAUAAUAAUCGAAAGAGUGUCUCUCAAUCGAAAAUACAGACAGGGAAGAAAUAUGAUGAACAGUUUAGAGACCAGAUCACAUCAGAAAAAAAAGUUGAAUCUGAUAAUAAAGACAAUAUACUGGAAUGUACCAAGCCUUGUGAUAUUGGUUGCAAAGUCUGGACUAAGGCACCGGGUAAAGAGAACCUCCCUCUUUUGACAGGGCUGGUCAAUGGCCUGGCUUCUAAGAACCUGGUAGGUGAGACUGUAAAACAGGUAGAGUCUUCUUGUGAGGUUUCCUUUCAGAAAAAAUUAGAGAAUUGGGAACGAGAAAAGGAAAAGGAGAAUUUGGAAUUAGAUGAAUUUUUGUUUUUAGAACAAGCUGCUGAUGAAAUAUCAUUUUCUAGUAAUUCCUCAUUUGUACUGAAAAUCUUAGAAAGGGAUCAACAAGUUUGUAAAGGUCGUCGGCUCUCUUCUACCCCUGUCAAAGCUGUGCAUCUGGAGAAAACCAGUCCGGUGGAUUCUGUUAGUCAGUGUAACCAAAAUGAAAAUCGUGACCAGUUUGAAUAUGAAAAGACGAGCGAGUGUGAAGUCACACCCAGACACUUUGGUUCCCUGUCUUCACCCACUGGGCUGAAGGAACAGUCUUGUAAAAUCCACAGGGAAGCAUUUCUAAGAAGCACAAGCACUUGUGCAAAUCAGCCGAGGUGGGAUGGAAGCCCUGAUGAAGACAGUGUUAGGAGCAGCGAUAGUGGCACUGACUCUGAGGAACAAUUUGAUGUGACCAUAAAGCCAUCACCUGAAGAUGAAGAGCAGUGCUUUAGCAGCAGAGAAGAGAAUCCAGACGUCUGUGAUGGUAAGGGACCUUUUAGGGACACUGGGACUCAAGAAGCAGAUAAAAGUAGGGACAUUGAGCUAGAUCUGUCAGAUAAAGAUAGUAGUGAUGACUCGAUCAGAAUUGAAAGCGUGAACGAGAAAGUUUCUGAACCCUCAAGAGAAGCCUCAUCCUUAAGUAUGAGUAGAAUUGACUUUGAUGAUGAAAGAACGUGGAGCGACCUAGAAGAGAAUUCAUGUAAGCAUGACGUUAUUCUUGGUGAUGGAGCUGUUUAUAAGAGUCCCCAGGCAAGCUACCCUAAUAAGAGUGAGCUAUGUAUACUAGACAAAACAAUAAAAAGAAAGAUUGCACCAGUCAAGAAAGGAGACAACUUAAGCAAAUCCAGCAGGAGCCUAAGCCCUCCUCCCACAUCAGAUCUUGUGAUGAAAUUCUUCCCUUCACUGAAACCGAAACGAAAAUCAGAUUCACAUUUGGAAAAUGAACCCAAGUUAAACAUUAGUGAAGAUCAGCUCCCUGGUGACAGUGCUCGAUCCCAGGUUUUGAGAGAGAAGGUUAUUGAAUUGGAAACAGAAAUAGAAAAAUUCAAAGAUGAGAACACAUCUUUAGCUAAACUUCGCAUUGAAAGAGAGAGUGCUUUGGAAAAACUCAGGAGAGAAAUUGCUGACUUUGAACAACAAAAAGUGAAAGAAUUGGCUCAAAUAGAAGAAUUUAAAAAGGAGGAAAUGAGGAAGCUGCAAAAAGAACGCAAAGUUUUUGAAAAGUAUACUACAGUUGCAAGAUCUUUUCCAGAUAAAAAGGAACGAGAAGAAAUACAGGCUUUAAAACAGCAGAUAGCAGAUUUACAGGAAGAUUUGAAAAAAAAAGAAGCAAAAUGGUCAAGUACACAUAGCCGUCUUAAAAGCCAAAUAGAAAUGCUACUCAAAGAAAACACAGACCUCCGGGAGGAAGUAAAAGUCAUGGAGAGAUUUCGGCUGGAUGCCUGGAAGAGGGCAGAAGCCAUUGAAGGCAGCAUUAAGGCAGAUCAGUGUGUAAAAACCGUGAGAAAAGAGGAGUCCAUGAAUCCAUCAGUUUGCUUUCAAAAAAGUCAGAUUUCUUCAGGAUCCCAGGUAGAAAAAUAUCAGAAAAAUUAUUUGGCAACACAAGGUAAUCCACCUCGAAGACCUAAGUCUGUACUUCCUCGCGAUUUAGGCAAUUUGGACAAGGAACAAGCUACCUUGCCCAGAGAACCAUUUGAUCCAAUGAUAUUUCCAGACCCUGAAUAUAAAGAAGAUGAAGAGGAAAUUCACGAAGAAAUCAGUCAUCCUGAUGGAAAGGUAGAAAAGGUUUUUAAGAAUGGAUGCCGUGUUAUAUUAUUUCCAAAUGGCACUCGGAAAGAAGUGAGUGCCGACGGGAAGACAUUCACUGUCACUUUCUUUAACGGUGAUGUGAAGCAGGUCAUGCCAGACGAGAGAGUGAUCUACUACUAUGCUGCUACCCAGACCACUCACACUACUUACCCAGAGGGACUCCAAGUGUUACAUUUCUCAAGUGGACAGAUAGAAAAACAUUUUCCAGACGGAAGAAAAGAAAUCACAUUUCCUGAUCAGACUAUUAAAAACUUAUUUGCUGAUGGACAAGAAGAAAGCAUUUUUCCAGAUGGUACAAUUGUCAGAGUACAGCGUGAUGGCAACAAAAUCAUAGAAUUUAAUAAUGGUCAAAGAGAACUACAUACCGCCCAAUUCAAGAGACGGGACUAUCCAGACGGCACUGUUAAAACUGUGUAUGCAAAUGGUCAUCAAGAAACAAAAUACACAUCUGGUCGAGUGAGAGUUAAAGACAAAGAUGGCAACGUUCUAAUGGAUACAAAACUGUAA